AUGGUCGUGUUUCAGGUCGCCAAUGCUCAACCUUCCCAGGUCGACCUGAACUACACUACGGCUUCCAGCUCUAGCUUAAGUUCCGCCUCCGCCAACAUUCUACCUCGAGACUUUUCAGUCUUCACAACGGAUUCCCAAUCAUCAUGGCUUCCCUCCAGUUCACCCAGCCUGCCGGCACAACCCGCGCAACAGCCUCAGUUCAGCCCACCGGAACAGUCUCCCCAGCAGGACUUCGUCUUGUUCGAUCAGCCUCUGUGCUCCCCCGCUCAGUCAGCUCAAUUCUACGCUUCAUCCGCUCCGUCGUCUUCAGCUGCUCUGAACCGCCGUCAGCGUCCUCCUGUACCAUUGUUCGCUCAAAGUACUCAGGGCGUAACCAACAAGAUGGAUAUUCAAGACCUUGACCUUGACGACUUCACCGGCUUCGAGGGUGGUGCGUCUACCACCUACUCGUCGCCAGCCAUGCCCUCGGUCUUCGAUGUCGGUCCUAGCACCCUGGGCACCGUGUCUCCUCAUGACCUUCUCAUUCAGGAGCCCUUCAUGUCUGCUCCCAACUCAACAGCUUUGACCGCCUUGACAUCGCCUUCGAUCUACAAUGAGUCUCCUGACUUUAACGACGGUUACGAUGUUUCCCCCAGUUUUGACUCGGGCGACUUCGGGUCGGCAGAUUUCGACACCACUGCUGGUGAUCCUUGGUUUCCCCUCUUUCCCCAGGAAUCUACCGCUGUCACAAAGGACGUCACCGGUAUCGAGGAGAUCCAGAAACUGCAGACUGAUCAGUCUCCCGCUCUCAAAGGCGACGAUCUGGAGGUGGUCGAGUUCACUUCAACCUCGGGCCGCCGGAAGUCUGUCAACUCUUCCCCAACUAGUUCUGCCCGUCACUCUUCAGUCUCGGGCGUGAGCUCUCGUCGACGAGACAAACCGCUGCCUCCUAUCAUUGUCGAGGAUCCUAGUGAUACCACUGCUAUGAAGCGUGCCCGCAACACACUCGCUGCACGCAAGUCUCGCGAGCGUAAGGCCCAGCGGUUUGAAGAUUUGGAAGAGAAGAUUCGUAAGCUUGAAGAGGAGCGUGACCACUGGAAGAGCAUUGCCCUUGGUCGAUCCUGA